AUUGUGGAGUAAUGCUGUUGCAGUCUAAUCUUUAAAGACUCCACCUUUGUUUGCUGGCUAAAAAAUUAUGUGGUUGGGUAGAGAGAAAGAUCUUUUUUUUUAAUGAAGUAACAAAUUUUGCGUCCAAGGAUGUGCCUAGUGGUCAAUGAAGUGGGUUGAGCACACCUCUCAGUGCAGGUGUACAAGGCAAAAAGUUGAAAACCUGCAAAAAGAUAUGGAUUUUGUGCUGUUUUCUUGAUCUGUACAUUGCAUUAAAGAGGGAAUGCCUGGUUUGGAUUUGUAACAUAUGACUUUUUCAGGGACAUGACAUUCUGAUGGAUUUGAUGAGGCAUCCUGUUCUGGUAUCUGCCUCGUCUGCAUUUAAUGAUGUUGCAGAAAGGAGGUUCUCUGCUUCUAAAGACUCUAACUCUAGCAUAUCGAGACAUAAUAGAUGGGUUUACAUUUUCCAGAGAGAAUAUGCAACUGUGGAUCCUGCACUUGUUGAUGUGGUUGGCACAGAUGAAGCAACAACUUGCGUAGGCCUUGUCAUGAGGAAUCAAAAAAGUGGAAUGACAUCUGUUGCUCACUUGGAUUCACCAGAUGUUGUUGAUAUGGGCCUAUCCCAGAUGUUGGCUUUUGUUAUCAAUCAAAGCUCUGAUGCCAUGUUGGAUGUUCAUCUAAUUGGUGGUUUUGAUGAUGCUUCGCCUGAACAUGUUAAUGGUAUUACAAAAAGUCACGGAAAGUUGGAGGGCUAUUCCUUUCCUUUGUGUGAGAAAAUAGUUGACAGCCUGGCAAAGAGUAAUAUGAAGUUCCAGAUUCACACUCUCCACGUUCUCGGGCACAAUACAAGACGAGAUUCUGAAGGAAAUGCAUACCCUAUCUUCACUGGUUUCCUGGUGGAAACUGCCACUGGGUCUAUUCUCCCAGCAAACUUUGACGCAACAACAAGAUGUCCUGACGAAGUUGUUAGGAGAAUACGAGUGACUGCAUCGUUUGAGGACUGCAGUUGGAAUGGGAGGUUACUAGAGACAUAUGAUACGCAGGCUGACCAAUUUGUGAUUGCUCCGUGCACUUGGAGCAUGCGCAAGAUGCAUAUUGCCCUCAUGCUACAGAAUUUGUCUGACCAGGAAAUCCUUCUUAUGUGUUCCACCUCUCCUUCUGCCGAGGCUCCAGAUUUUGUUGAUAACCAAAGAAGGCAGUGUGACUAUUUAAUCCAACACCCAGAUUGGAGUGAAACAUUCCCUUUCAAAAAGCCACGUAUAUUUCGAAGGAUGGAAGAUAAGAGUUGGGUGAGACACCAAACAAAAUUUAGCAGCUCAUCUUAUGCAUACGCUGAUUAAGGCAGUUUUGUUCAAGGAGCCAGCUAGGCGAAAGGGGAAGUUGGCACGUGUUUUGUGGUGAUUACUAGUGUUUCUCCCAAGGCUAUACGGUAUAACUGAAAAAGGGGAAAGUAUGUUACUUUCCGAUUUCCUUCUAUCUUCAAAGGGGUUAAGAAGCUCAAGGGUGAUGUUCCCCCUCUCCACUAUUGCAGGUUAAAUCAGUUGUCUUGAAUAGCCUUGUUUCUGUGGAGAAGGGCAGGAACAGCUAAAACUUGCCUAUAAAAGCUCUAUUGAUGUGAUCGACUAUUAUUAACGCGCAUUGCACGUUCACAGAAGCUAGUUGAUAAAUAAAAGCUUGAAAUGAUAUGGAAAUUUGUUAGUUAGAUUUUCCUAAUAGUACAUUGUUUGACUGGAUGAAGGUAGCAGUGACUUCCCUUCACAAGUUCAAUUGAUGUCACUAUUUUUGAAGUGCAUUUUGGCUACCUAUAAAAGCUCUAUUGAUGUGA